UAUGGUUAUAGUUGAAAUUGGUAAUGGAAAGAAGGAUGAAAAAUUUGCUAAAUCUAUAAAAAUAUGGUCAGCCAUUUUGGAAAGAUAUAAACAACUUGAAACAAUGAAAGCUAAUGGAGAGAAUAAAACAAAAAUUGUAUCAUUUGUUGAAAGUCAAUUAGAAAAUAUAUUAAAAUCAUUUGGAGAGAAAUGGACAUCAGCAUUGAAUCCAUUUAAUAGUUAUAUGUUCUCUUUUGACUAUAGCUUCUCAGAUUCAUAUUUUAUAACAAAAGUGGCACAUUCUCUUGUAAAAGCCAAUAAUGCUGAUGAAUUUAAUUCUGAAAUGAAUUUCAGUCACUACGCAGCUAAAGAUAGUCAAUUUGUAUUCACUAUUCUUGAAAAUCUAGUUAAACAUGAUUUAGGAAAAAUAUGGAAUGCUGCAAAUGAAUUUGAAAAUCUUAUUAUUCAAUUUAAUCAUACAAAAGUAAUGAAGAAUUUAAUUGAAGUGCAUUAG